AUCCCCCCAACAAUCCACCACCUCCUCCUCUCCAUGCCCAACCACCCCGUCUCCGCCUUCCGUCCCUCCCAGCAUACCAUCUCCUGGCAGCAGUCCGGCUGGAAGAUCGAGUACUGGACCGACGCGGCCUGCGCACAGCUCGCGCAUGCCACCGACCCUUCCGGCCGCUACGCCGCAGCGCUGGCCACAUUCCCCUCCGCCGUCCUGAAAUCGGACUUCUGUCGCUAUCUGAUCUUGUACGCGCGGGGCGGGGUGUAUAAUGAUCUGGACGUGCGGCUGAUGCAGCCCUUGCCGUGGGGGGUGAUGUUUGAUGCUCCGCCUUAUAUCCCCGGGGAUUAUCCUGGCGAUGCCCCGGGGAGUGCUAAGGAUAGUUACCCCGCCGCCAUCAUUGGGCUGGAAGGCGACGCCUCCACGCGGGGUCUGCCGCGGUCGCCGCAGUUCGUGCAGUGGACGAUGGUCGCGGCGCCGGGGCAUCCGAUUUUUGAGGCUGUCUUGGGGAAGAUCGUGGAUCGGACGGAAGAGUAUCUCCAGCGGCUGGGAGAGGCGGAUGGUGGUAAUGGGGUGGAACCGCCGGAUGUGAUGCAGUGGACGGGCCCGAGUGUUUGGACGGAUGCGGUGCUCGAGUAUCUCGAGGCCGAUGAGGGCAUGUUGCAGACCCUUAGAGAUUUGAAGGAGACGGUCCGCAUCAAGGAUGUGGUGGUGUUGCCCAAGCGUGGGUUCGCGAUCACGCAGGGCGAGGACCAUCGCUCGUCGGAGGUGUUGGUCAAGCAUUAUUUCUCGGGGACGUGGAAGACGGGGUGUCGGGCUGUGUGGCGGUGGAUU